CUUACUUUUGAGCCACCCCAAACCUAACCUCAAAAUGGCACUGUUUCCGUUGUUUACCCUCAUUUGUGUCGCUUUUUGCGCCUCAUUGACCCACUCCCAGCUUGAUUUUCAGUUCCCUGAGGGUCAUACAAAUAAUUGGGCCGUUUUGGUGGACACUAGCCGUUUCUGGUUCAAUUACCGUCAUGUGGCAAACGUGCUUUCGAUCUACCGGAGUGUGAAGCGUCUGGGGAUCCCCGACAGCCAGAUAAUAUUAAUGAUAGCCGACGACAUGGCAUGCAACCCCCGAAAUCCGCGCCCCGCGACUGUCUUUAACAACGCCAACCAGCACAUCAACGUCUACGGGGACGACGUCGAGGUGGACUACCGCGGCUAUGAGGUCACAGUUGAGAAUUUCGUGCGCUUGUUGACGGGGAGACUGCCCCCGGGGACCCCCCGAUCCAAGCAAUUGCUCACUGACGAAGGCAGCAACGUCUUGAUCUACUUGACGGGGCAUGGGGGCGACGGUUUCCUCAAAUUCCAGGACUCGGAGGAGAUCACGAGCCAGGAAAUGGCCGAUGCUUUGGAACAAAUGUGGCAAAAACAGAGAUAUCAUGAGAUUUUUUUCAUGAUUGACACGUGUCAAGCCGCCUCGAUGUACGAGAGGUUCUACUCCCCCAAUAUCCUAGCCGUGGGGAGCAGUCUCGUGGGGGAGGACUCACUUUCGCAUCACGUGGACCCCGCAAUUGGGGUCUACAUUAUCGAUCGCUACACGUACUACGCCCUUGAGUUUUUGGAGAAUGUUGACCAACAUACGAAAAAAACCAUGGGGGAAUUUUUGAAUGUUUGUCCGAAACGAGUUUGUAUUUCAACAGUUGGGGUGCGACGCGAUUUGUUCAAGAGGAACCCCCAUGAGGUCCCCAUAACUGACUUUUUCGGGUCUGUGAGACCCAUUGAGGUUAUUUCUAACGUAACUCUAGUGUCUCUAGUCACAAACACGACUAAAACUAAGUCAGUAAUGCCACCAAAGAAGUAUCGGUAUAUUCCACCUCUAGUUAAUUUUAAUUCAAUUUUGUGACUUAAAUAAAUUAGUUUGAAUCUUGG